CACACACACUCACGCUGAGCCCACGCUCGCAUUCAACAGGAGAGGGAAAGGCUGCCGGAGUGAGAAGGGGAGGUCGCCCUCUCUGCCUUUUUGCUCUUCUGCAUCUCUCCCUCCGUCCAUCCGUCCGCCCUUCCUCCUUCCCCCUUCCCCUCCUCGUCUCCGAGCAGCGCCAUGGCCAAGGAAGGAGCCGAGAAAGCCGAGGAGACGGAGCAGAUGAUCGAGAAGGAGGCAGUCGAAGGCGGCGGCAGCAGCAGCCCGAGAGGCGCGGACGCGAAGGAGAUGCGCGCCGUGGUGCUCUCUGCCUUCGGGGGACUGAACAAGCUGCGGGUGUCCAAAAAAGUGAUGCCGGAGCCUCAGGAAGGAGAACUCAAGAUCAGAGUCAAAGCCUGUGGGUUAAAUUUUAUUGACUUGAUGGUUCGGCAGGGGAACAUUGACAAUCCACCCAAAACUCCACUUGUGCCUGGAUUUGAAUGCUCUGGGAUUGUAGAAGCUCUGGGUGACAAUGUGAAAGGCUAUGAGAUUGGAGACAGAGUCAUGGCCUUUGUCAACUACAAUGCCUGGGCAGAAGUUGUGUGCACACCUCUUGAAUUUGUGUACAAAAUCCCUGAUGAUAUGAGCUUUUCUGAAGCUGCUGCUUUUCCUAUGAACUUUGUAACUGCAUACAUGAUGCUCUUUGAAGUCGCCAACUUGCGAGAAGGCAUGUCGGUGCUGGUUCACUCUGCAGGCGGCGGUGUGGGACAAGCCGUUGCUCAGCUCUGCUCAACAGUCCCCGACGUUACCGUGUUUGGAACAGCUUCUUCCUUCAAGCACGAGGCAAUCAAAGAUUCUGUAACCCACCUGUUUGACCGAAAUGCAGAUUAUGUCCAAGAAGUUAAAAAAAUCUCUGCAGAUGGCGUAGACAUUGUCCUGGACUGCCUUUGUGGAGAAAAUACAGGCAAAGGCCUCAGUCUUCUCAAACCACUUGGGACUUACAUUUUAUAUGGCUCAUCAAACAUGGUUACCGGGGAAACCAAAAGUUUCUUCAGCUUUGCAAAAUCAUGGUGGCAAGUGGAGAAAGUGAACCCGAUCAAGCUAUAUGAAGAAAACAAAGUCAUGGCUGGAUUUUCUCUCUUAAACCUGCUUUUCAAACAAGGCCGAAGUGGCCUGAUUCAAAAUGUAGUGGACAAACUCUUAAAACUGUACAACGAGAAGAAGAUCAAACCUCUUGUUGAUUCACUAUGGGCUCUGGAAGAGGUGAAAGAAGCAAUGCAAAGAAUCCAUGACAGAGGCAACAUAGGAAAAUUAAUUUUGGAUGUGGAGAAAACACCAACUCCAUUGAUGGCCAAUGACAGUACAGAAACCAGUGAAGCUGGCGAAGAGGAAGAAGACCAUGAGGGGGACAAUGAGAAUAAAGAGCGUAUGCCAUUCAUCCAGCAAUAGCUAUGAGUGGAGGGAAUGAAAGCAGGAAGAAUUGACAGAGCAAAAGAAGGGAAGAUGACUGGGAGGUCCAUUUUGUGCACCAGUGAACAAAUGCUCUAGUACAGUGUGUGUUGUUCUUUUCUUGUCUGCAGUCAGCUGAGCUAUAAGCUGUUGAUCAUUGAUGUUUUGAAACUAAAGUGCCAUUCCCACCCAGUCCAGUAUUAUAACAUUCCAUCACAUGACACCCAGUUUGCCUGUUGAGUUCCUGUCUGAAGCCUUAUUAGCAUUCACAGUAAACUGAAACAUGAACCU